AUGGGUGUUGCUGUCUGGUUUAUACCGCAUGAUGGUUCAACGGUAUACGAAACUCUACAGUCAUUAAUACUGUCUCUGCAAACGCUGUUCCCUGACGCUCCUGCGUUUGAACCGCACCUUACAAUUACAUCGCAGUUGAAAUGCAACUCUAAAGAAGACGUCCAACAGAUACUCACCUCAUGUAUGGCGGCGUUUGGGGCAAUAAAGUCUAGUUUGAAAGAUGAUAACGAGACUAUGGUUUCUUUUACGGGGGCUGGGAUUGGAAAGGGUUAUUUUACCAAGGUCAGGCUCAUUUGCGCGGAAAACAAGUAUUUGAUGGGCAUUGCGCAGAUAAUACGAGAGCUUUUCGUAGCGGAAAACGCCGAAGAAGCCUCCCAAUGGCUUCUGGAAGAGUUCCAGCCGCACGUUUCGCUGGUAUACUCCGACAUGUACCACGUUAACCAGGCCCUCGAGCGGGUCAUUGCUCAGAGAAUCGAAGACACACUCGACUUGUCCCUGCAAGAGAACGCGGUAGCAGGAGAACAGAAUCAGAAAUCCUGGUCUUUUGGACGUCGUGUAGCGGGGUGGAGUCUAGCCGGCACGUUCAAGGUGGUCAGGUGCGAAGGACCGAUACAGCAGUGGCAAGUUUUGGGAAGCGUCGAAGUUUGA